AUGCUCUUGCUCUUCAAAUCUGUCGCUCUUAUCACUCUACUUCCUUUUAUCUAUGCUGCACCGGUGACUGAGAAUGGCCUUGUAAAGAGACAAAUCGAUACCUCCCAACACUGCGGCCAAUGGGACACUGUCGUCGCCGGUCAAUAUACCCUCUACCUCGACCAAUGGGGCAUGGGGAACGCUCAGUCCGGGCAAAGUUGCGCCAACUUAAUUUCCCUGAGCGGAACGACCAUUUCUUGGAAGAACACCUGGAACUGGGUUGGAGGAAAUGGUGUCAAAAGCUACACUAACGUCAACUUGAACAACGGUCUCAACAAGCAGCUGAGCGCCAUCAAGAGCAUCCCUGCUUCAUGGAAGUGGUCGCAGAGCACUUCGGGAACCAUAGUUGCCAACGUCGCUUUCGACCUGUUCACCUCUUCGUCGUCAGGAGGAUCGAACCAGAAUGAAAUCAUGAUUUGGCUUGCCAAUUAUAACGCUGGUCCCAUCUCCUAUAAUUACAAUGCUGAUGGAACGCCCAAGGCCGUGGCGACAAAUAUCAGCCUAGCCGGUCAAACUUGGAACCUCUACAUCGGCUCCAACGGCGCUCAAACCGUUUACUCCUUCCUCCCGGCCAGCAGUGGCACAAGGAUUACCAGCUUUAGCGGUGACCUCAACCUUUUCCUCAAGUACUCUUCUUCACAAGGCUUGAGUGCAUCGCAGUACAUCACCACUGUUCAGUCUGGCACUGAGGCGACCUCGGGAUCUGCAGUGUUAACAUCUUCUGCCUACAGCGUUGUCAUCAAUUGA